UGGGGGGAGGGGAGAAACCCGCAAGACUCGGCGGCGAUCGAGCAGAAAGAUAACCAGCCAAGGCAAGCGAGAUAUCCAGGUGACCGGCCGGACACCUCGUCGGCCUACUAAGAAAGGGUCUGCAAGGUCACCCGGGCGUCGGGUGCCGCAGGGAUGGAGGCGCUGCUGGGACCCCCGGGGGCCACGUUCGCGUCCACGGGUCCCCAUGAGGGGCCCCGCAUGGCACCGACUCAGGCACCCCCUGAGGGAGCGACUGAGGUACCGGCUGAGAUGUCCCACCAGGUACCCACUCAGGUGUCCACGGAGGUAAUCGCUCCGGUCCCGACUGAGUUACCCCCUCAGGCGCCCCUUGAGGUAUUCGUGCCUCAGAUAUCCCCUCAGCUACCGAAUGAGGUGACCCCUCAGGCACCCUCUGGGGUGUUGCCUCAGUCAUCCGCUCAGGUCCUGACUCAGAUCCUCCCUCAGGUACCCCUUGAGGUACCCCCUCAGGCGCCUCAAGAGAUAUCUCCUCAGCUAUACACUCAGGUACCCACCGAGACAUCCCCUCAGGUACACCCCCAGGUAUCCCCUCAGAUCUCAUCUCAGAUGCCCCCUCAGGUAUCCCCUCAGAUCUCAUCUCAGGCGUCCCCUCAGGUAUCCCCUCAGAUCUCAUCUCAGAUGUCCCCUCAGGUAUCCCCUCAGAUCUCAUCUCAGGCGUUCCCUCAGGUAUCCCCUCAGAUCUCAUCUCAGGCGUCCCCUCAGGUAUCCCCUCAGAUCUCAUCUCAGGCGUCCCCUCAGGUAUCCCCUCAGAUAUCAUCUCAGAUGUCCCCUCAGGUAUCCCCUCAGAUAUCAUCCCAGAUGUCCCCUCAGGUAUCCCCUCAGAUAUCAUCUCAGAUGCCCCCUCAGAUCUCAUCUCAGGUGUCCCCUCAGGUAUCCCCUCAGAUAUCAUCUCAGAUGUCCCCUCAGGUAUCCCCUCAGAUAUCAUCUCAGAUGCCCCCUCAGAUCUCAUCUCAGGUGUCCCCUCAGGUAUCCCCUCAGGUAUCAUCUCAGAUGUCCCCUCAGGUACCCCCUCAGAUAUCUCAGGUAUCCCCUCAGGUAUCCCCUCAGGCGUCCCCUCAGGUACACCCCCAGGUAUCCCCUCAGGUAUCCCCUCAGGUAUCAUCUCAGGCGUCCCCUCAGGUACACCCCCAGGUAUCCCCUCAGGUAUCCCCUCAGAUAUCAUCUCAGGCGUCCCCUCAGGUAUCCCCUCAGAUAUCAUCUCAGAUGCCCCCUCAGGUAUCCCCUCAGGUAUCCCCUCAGAUGUCCCCUCAGGCGUCCACCCAGGUACCCCCUCAGAUAUCCCCUCAGGUACACCCCCAGGUAUCCCCCCAGGUACCCCCCCAGGUACCCCCUCAGUUGUUAACCCCCGAGAUGUCGCCCGCCACCCGGGCCCUCAAGUCGGCCCUGAGGAGGUCGCCGACCGCGCAAGGGGCCGCGGAGAGCGGCGGCAGCAGCGGCGGCGGCACCAGCGGCACCAGGAGCGUGGUGUUUGUCAUGGAGAGGAAUACCGUGAAAAUCUUCUCAAAGGACGAGGACGAGGAGGAGGAGGAGGACAACGAGGUGAUGGACGAGGCGAUGGACGAGGGGAAGGAGACCUCGAAGGCGUCUGGCGACGUCAACGGAGAGGAGGACAUCGACGAUGACGGUCACGGCCUGAGCCCCGUGAACCAUUACCAGUACCCCCAUAAACAGCAUCGGCCUCUUAACAACAACAGCAGCAGCGGCACUACCACCAUCACCGACCUCGUGAACGGCAACGCGGAGAGGAAGGACCUCGCUAGGCCCGGCGGCGGCGGCGUCGUCGUCGUCGACGGCCGCGGCCCAGCCGAGGCCCCGCGGGCCCCCCUCCUCGCCUGCUCCUCCUCCCCGGCCAUGAUGCUGCGCCACCGGCCCCGGGGCAGCGUCUUCGCCGAGUCUCCCGCCUCGCGGUUGCGCCGCGCGGCCCCGGCGGGGCCCCUGCGGAGCGCGGGCGGGUUUACCUCGGCCGCGUGGAAUCCCGCGUCUGGCCGGGGGCCGAUGUUCGUGAUCCCCAGGGUCUCGCCGGCCCGGGCGGUGCGGCGAAGCCUCUACUAGGCGUGGUAGAGGCCCACGUCGUGCCGGCAACCCCCUGGCACGCACAACCCCCCUCUCGCCCGAAUGGGGGUCUCGGAAGGGUCCCGUCAACCACGGCCACCACCACCACGACUACCGCCUUUAUUGUCAUCGUCGACUCACCUGGAUGGAUUCGUCUCACCUGGACACGCUGCUGACCGUGAGAGUCUUGCACCUGGCCACACAGCGACAUCCCGGGCAUCACCGGACCCUGUAAACCCUAAACUCCACCAUUAACCUAACCCCUAACCUCAAGCUAUUAUUAACCACCUAACCCUCAACGUGAGUCCUAACCCUGCACCUUAAAACCCUCAAGUCCUGAUCCCCAGCUGCACACAAGUCCCCAUCACUCCGUGUGUACCGAGAUCAGAACUCUACUUUUAACUCAUGCGAGGACUCCGCACAGAUGGAUACCACGGCAUAGCGUGGCGUGUGGCGGGGCGGUGCCACCACCUGAGCGGAGACGGAGCGCUGUUUGCCAAUUGUUUGUUUGUGUGUGGGAGGCGGGGGGGGGAGCCUUCAUCCAACAGUGCGUCGAGAAUGGCAGCUGAUUGUGGUUUUGUGUCUCGCGGCUGUCGCGACGCGCUACGGACCCAGGCGACCAGGAAUCUCCUAGGUCGACUCGGCCUCAAAUGAGCCACUUGGCGAGACAAAGGCGGGCCAGGCGUGGUGCUGGCAAUCCACACCCCCGUCGUGUGCCACAGUGCCGGCCUUAAUGGGUGCUGCUGCUGCUGCUACUCGCUAACAGCACUUGGCUCAGGACGAUACGGGGGUGGCGAACGUUUUGUAUAUAUAGUAUGCGUAAGUCGUUCUAUGUAAUGUACUUUACUUGGGUAGGUGUCAAGGGUUUUAUGUACAGAGGGGAUGGUAUGGGUUGUGGCCAUUAUGUGCCUGGGUGUUGGUCACGUGGGACGAGGGAGAGUAAGUUUAAAUCAUCAUCGCCGUGAGAUCACCAUCAUCACCACCAUAAGAUCAUCAUCACCAUGAGAUAAUCAUCUUCACCAUGAGAUCAUCAUCACCAUGAUAUCAUCAUCACCGUGAGAUAAUCAUCUUCACCAUGAUAUCAUCAUCACCAUGAGAUCAUCAUCACCCUGAGAUCAUCAUGAGAUAAUAAUCAUCACCAUGAGAUAACCAUGAUCACCGUGAGAUCAUCACCAUGAGAUAUCACCAUGAAAUAAUCAUCACCAUGAGAUAAUCAUCACCAUGAUGUCAUCACCCUGAGAUCAUGAUCACCAUGAGAUCAUCAUCACCGUGAGAUCACCACAAUAAGAUCAUCACCAUGAGAUCAUCAACACCUUGAGAUCAUCACCCUGAGAUCGUCAUCGCCACUAUUAUCUCGUAUUACCAAGAGUCUAAAUCAAUCAUCGUAAUUUAAAUCAUCACAUCGCGUCAUUAACAUCACCAUGAUCAUCAUCGCCGCUGCCGCCGCCAAGUUCUGCAGCAGUGAUCACUCAUUUUCAGAGGUGGGGGGGGAGGCAUUUCGCCGAUAAGAAGACAUCAUCAGUGUAAGGGUGCCUCCGCCACACAUUUGAAGCCUUUGGGGGGGGGUGCUUUCACUCUGUAUUGUUCGGGAGCCGCAUUAAAGGCCACCAGCGGCCGCCUUUGGCCCCCGCGAUGAAUAACAUUUUUAUAUAAUAAUCGAUAACCCUCGUCUCCAUGAUGAUCAUCAUCUAAAUCACCACCACCAUCGUCGUCGUCAUCAUCAUCGUUUAAAUCACUAUCAUCCUAACCCCAUGUCGUCAUCAUCACCGCCACCAUCAUCAUCUACACAUCUUAAUCAUCACCACUGCCUUCAUCAUUAUCUACAUGUGAAAAUCACCAUCAUCACCCUAAAUCACCAUCACCUACAUAUCAAAUGUAUCAUCACCACAACCAUCAUCAUCUACACAUCCGGAUCACAAUAAAUUCCCAUCAUCUACACAUCUUAAUCAUCACCACCGCCAUCAUCAUUACCUACAUAUGAUAAUCACCAUAAUCACCCUAAACUAUCAUCACUUUAAUCACCUACACAUCAAAUCACCGCCAUAUGCGUACAGUACCUACAUCAACAUCAUUACCAUCAUUAUCUAAAUCAUCACCACCACCAUCACCACCACCAAUCCCGUACCCCUGGGCCUCAAUGCGACCGGGGCCAGCCACAGCCUCGACUCGUAUAUGGUUAUUAUUAUUAUUAUUACUACAGGGACUCCUCUACCUACGAACGAGUUAGGUUCCAGAGGUCUGUUCGUAAGUCGAUCUGUUUGUAAGUCCAACUUUUACUCCUGUCGAUUCCAAACGUGUUUUACGGCGCGUACAUUACACACGGGGAAUGUCUUGAAAGGUUGCAUAAUCUCCUGUCGAUGCCACUGGUUUUUCACGUUCUGCAGAUGUCACCACCGUCAUUCAUUACGCGGCGGUUGGAUUUACGACUGUCGAUCCGAACAGGCAUCUCGACAUAGGGACAGGUUUGUUCGCAUCUCUGAAAGUUCGUAAGUCAAAUGGUCGUAACUAGAGGAGUUACCUGUAUUAUAGAAUUGCUGGGGCACAAGCCAAAGGUCCACCGCCCCAAACAUCAAACGGCCAGCAACAAGCAGCACUAUGAUUGUAAUAUAUGAGAGCAAAUGCGUUUUCUUGAAUUGGCACGUCGCGAUUCGAUUAAUCGUUGCGAUUCGAGGUUGCGAUUUUGAUUUCGGAAUUGUUUGGUCUCUUAACCGUCCAAUCCCUGUUUUUCUUCUCUUCCCCCGUGUCCUCCUCCUCCCCAUGUCUCCAAAAUCUCCCCAUGUCUCCUUCCUCAUCCUCCCCAUGUACGUCCUCUUCCCUACAUCUCCUUCUUCUCCAUCUCCUCCUUCCCAUGUCACGCUGUGAUCUUGUAACUUUGCAUCGCUCAGUAUCUUCUGCUGGAGACCGUGGACACAGUCAGUUCAAUGUCUAUCAUAAUCGGGGCCUCACCUCCACGCGUGAUAUUUGCGGGAACGACGCCAGCGUGUUUGUGUUUAUCUGGUGAGCCAGGCCGCUCUCUUGCAAAUGAACCUCCAUCAUCCCGGCCUCCUGCCUUCUCACCUGGUCUAGCCAAAGUAAAAAAUAAAAAAAUAUAUAUACAAACCGCCA